CUAACUUCUGGGACUCUUGAUUUGCGCAACUGCUAGGAUUUCUCAAGUGCAUGUGGCAACCCAGCCCAGCUCCCGGUGGAAACCCGCAGGGCUCCGGAGGGUCUUCCAGGCCCCGGGAGCUGUCAAGGCUGCGGCGGGGACAGGAGAGGAUCGAGGCGCAGGCAGCUGGGGGGAAAACACCCACAACUUUCCACCCCAGCCGCAGCUUUCUCGGCCCCGAGAAUUUCCUCCGAAACCACAGCUGCAGAGCAACUAAGUGCAUGGCGCGCAACACUUCUUGUGGGAAGUAAAGGAGCCGUCCCACCCCCUUUAUCUCUUUUGCUUUUCUUUCGGCUGGUCCUCGGAGCCUUUUCCUUCCUCCGUCCAGCAUCUGUCGUGCGCAAGGAGCAGGACCACCUGGAUGCAAAAAAGAACCACACACCUGGAUGUACAAAUCAGUUUCCACACCUGGAAGAUAAUUCAAAGGAAAGUCCAUCAGCUUGAUAAUGGAGGAGAACAAUGACUCCGCUGAGAACCCCCAACAAGGCCAAGGGCGGAAUAACGCCCUGAAGUGUGGGUGGCUGAGGAAGCAAGGAGGCUUUGUCAAGACUUGGCAUACCCGCUGGUUUGUGCUCAAGGGAGAUCAGCUAUAUUAUUUCAAAGAUGAAGAUGAAACCAAGCCCUUGGGUGCCAUUUUUCUGCCUGGAAAUAAAGUCCUGGAACAUCCCUGCAAUGAAGAGAGUCCAGGGAAAUUCCUUUUUGAAGUAGUUCCAGGAGGCGAUCGAGAACGGAUGACAGCAAAUCAUGAGAGCUACCUCCUCAUGGCGGGCACCCAGCAUGAUAUGGAAGACUGGGUGAAGUCCAUCCGCCGCGUCAUAUGGGGCCCUUUUGGAGGAGGCAUUUUUGGGCAGAAACUGGAGGAGACUGUCCGUUAUGAGAAGAGAUAUGGGAACCGCCUGGCUCCCAUGUUGGUGGAGCAGUGCGUGGACUUCAUCCGACAGAGGGGGCUGAAGGAAGAGGGGCUCUUCCGGCUGCCAGGCCAGGCUAACCUUGUCAAGGAGCUCCAGGAUGCCUUUGACUGUGGAGAGAAGCCAUCAUUUGACAGCAACACGGAUGUGCACACAGUGGCGUCACUUCUCAAACUGUAUCUCCGAGAACUUCCAGAACCAGUGAUUCCUUAUGCGAAGUAUGAAGAUUUUUUGUCAUGUGCCAAACUGCUCAGCAAGGAAGAGGAAGCCGGCGUGAAGGAAUUAGCAAAGCAGGUGAAGAGUUUGCCAGUGGUCAAUUAUAAUCUCCUCAAGUAUAUUUGCAGAUUCUUGGAUGAAGUACAAUCCUAUUCAGGAGUUAACAAAAUGAGUGCACAGAACUUGGCCACUGUCUUUGGCCCUAAUAUCCUGCGCCCCAAAAUGGAAGAUCCUUUGACUAUCAUGGAGGGCACUGUGGUGGUCCAGCAAUUGAUGUCAGUGAUGAUUAGCAAACACGAUCGCCUUUUCCCCAAAGAUGCAGAACUGCAAAGCAAGCCCCAAGACGGAAUGAGCAACAACAACAAUGAAGUUCAGAAGAAAGCCUGCGUGGGCCAGCUACAGAACAAAGAGAACAACAAUACCAAGGACAGUCCUGUUCGGCAGUGCUCUUGGGAGAAGUCCGACUCUCCCCAGAGAAGCAGCGUAGAUAAUGGCUCCCCCACAGCUCUGUCAGGCAGCAAAACCAACAGCCCAAGGAACAGUGUUCACAAGCCGGAUGUCUCUAGGAGCCCCCCUCUUCUGGUCAAAAAGAACCCCGCCUUCAAUAAGGGCAGCGGGAUUGUCACCAACGGGUCCUUCAGCAGCAGCAAUGCAGAAGGUCUUGAGAAAACCCAAACCACCCCCAACGGGAGCUUACAGGCCAGAAGGACCUCAUCACUGAAGAGCUCUGGCACCAAAAUGGGCACCCACAGUGUACAGAACGGAACAGUGCGCAUGGGCGUUUUAAACACCGACUCGCUCGGGAACCCCAUGAACAGCCGCGGCAUGUCCUGGCUGCCCAAUGGCUACGUGACCCUGAGAGAUAACAAGCAGAAAGAGCAAACAGGAGAGUCGGGCCAGCACCACAGGCUCUCCACCUAUGACAACGUCCAUCAGCAGUUCUCCAUGAUGAACUUCGAUGACAAACAGAGCGUUGACAGUGCCACCUGGUCCACUUCCUCCUGUGAAAUCUCCCUCCCUGAGAACUCCAACUCCUGCCGCUCCUCCACCACCACCUGUCCAGAACAAGACUUUUAUGGUGGGAACUUUGAGGACCCUGUUCUGGAUGGGCCCCCGCAGGACGAUCUUUCCCACCCUGGGGACUAUGAAAACAAAAGUGACCGGAGGAGUGUGGGAGGUCGAAGCAGUCGUGCCACCAGCAGCAGCGACAACAGUGAGACGUUUGUGGGCAACACCAGCAGCAACCACAGUGCACUGCACAGUUUAGUGUCCAGCCUGAAGCAGGAAAUGACCAAGCAGAAGAUAGAGUACGAGUCCAAGAUAAAGAGCUUAGAGCAGCGAAACUUGACGUUGGAAACAGAAAUGAUGAACCUCCAUGAUGAACUGGAUCAGGAGAGGAAAAAGUUCACAAUGAUAGAAAUCAAAAUGCGGAACGCAGAGCGAGCGAAAGAAGACGCUGAGAAAAGAAAUGACAUGCUUCAGAAAGAAAUGGAGCAGUUUUUCUCCACAUUUGGGGAGCUGACGGUGGAACCCAGGAGACCCGAGCGAGGAAACACGAUAUGGAUCCAGUGAGCCGGCUGUCCCCCGCUGUCUCUGGUGGAUCUGGGAAGGACUUUGGGGUUCCUGUGGGAGGAUUACGUGGGAUCAGGUGACAGGUCACCUGGCUGUACAGUGCCCUAACUGGUGAAGGAAUAUCAUUUACAGACAUUACCCAUCCAUAUCUGCAACGUGUACCAAAGUUAUAUCACGCCCCAUAUGCUACUGUCAAGUGUUACAACUGGAUAUGUGUAUAUAGAGUAGUUUUUUGAAAAGUAAACUAAAAAUGAGAAGCAUAUCUCAAGAAUUAUUUUAUUGCAAGUCUUGUAUUUAAAAUGUUAAUUCAAUAUGUUGUUGCAAUUUAGCUUGCUUUCAAGCUUCACCCCUUGCACUUAACAUAAGCUAUUUUUGGCAUUGUGUUAUCAUCAGCUUAUUUUAUAGAUCAAUAUUUUUAUUUCCCUCUUUUUGCUGAGGAAAUGAAGAUAAGCAGAUAUAUAAAAAUAUAUAAGUAUAUAUAUAAGAUGAGUUAUUAAAAGCAAAAGAAUACUUUGUGGCUGUGCUGUUUGUGCCAAUAGACCUUACCAUGACCAAAAAGAGAAAUGUAAAUCAUUCUAUGAAAUACGGUGGAAUCACCAGGAACCUUUGAACUGCUCUGUAAAUUCUUCCCUUGGCACUGCUCAGUUUGCUUUGUGAUGAUUUGGCACAGGACAUGUUGGAUGUGGAAAACAGUUCCUUUUUUCAUCCCCCUGGUUUGCCUGGUCAGGUCCACAGAUGCCUGUCUGCUACGCAGGAUGCACCUUAGAGGGGCAAAAUGGGAAAGAAAAACAUUUCACCAGUCAUGCCUUGAGUUACUCUGUCGUUCUGGCCUGAGUCUGUAACUGCUGGACGGUUACCUGAGAAAUUCUUCUUGCCCUUUGAGAGUUAGGAAAACGGCUUAAGCCACUUGCCCCACCCCUGCAAUGCCAUUUUCUGAGCACCUGCCUUUCACUCAGACCUCUCCCCCACCCCCACCCCCAGGUAACUGCACUUUGGGGCUUGUCACCCUCAGUGAAAUAGUAGUUCUGUGUCCCUCUCAGUUAAACCACUAGCGUGUGUACCACAAAGUGACAUUCUCCUCUCAGUCAGGCUCACUGUUCUGUUGUCACCUGGGAUUCUCUCUGAAGGACACAGCGGGCAAAGGCAUUCUGCAGCAAGAGAGAGGUGAUGGAGGGAAAGGGGACCAGAAGGAGGAGGAGACAGAGGAAAUGAACUAACAAUUUUGCUUCUAAUUUUCACAGUAUUGUUUUUCCCUGUUGGAAACAUAGUCAUUCACAGUAAUUUUCAAAUGAGAAUGCUUCAAGGUCCAAUUUUGAUGAAUUUGUGAACAUUAGUGAUGAUAACUUUCUAGAGAAUCUCAUGUUUCUCAGGAGUGAGAGUUUGGGGAGAACAGUUCUUCACACAUCAAUAAGACAAUGCUUUUAUGAAACCAAACAAAUAGAUCUUUCUCAAAGGAAAACAGAAAGUCACCUUUAAAGCAUAAUUGGAAAUAAACACCACUUGAGUUUAUGGGA